CGAGACCUUCCCUGUGUUGGGUUAUUGACCCUACUUCGUUCUCGUCCUAAAGUAGUUGCCUUUUACUUUCUUUCUUUUUUGGUUUUCCACACACCUUGCGUGGUACUUACUCUGUUUCAAGAACAGGGCACUGCCUAAUCCGAAUAAAGAAUAACUAACAACAGCAUGUUGCACUGUCUCAACACUUCGGGGAAUCUAGGAGGGAGCUGUUCGGACAUGACAGUGUUGGAAAGACAAAGGGCGAAGAGGAAGUGGCAACAAGAACACGCUGAGUUUAACGGUAUCUUCUCUUCUUCAAUGCAAGUUCAGAAUCCUCAUGGCUUGGUCAUGAUGGGUUGUGAUUCCGCGCUUGCUGAGGUCGUAGCUCACUCAAUGAAGCCCGACCCGGGUUUUGAAAAUGGGUGGCCCGAAUUGGGAUUCGGGUCUUCUUCUUCUUCUGGGUUAGUACCUUCUUCUGCGUUUGACGUGAAAUCUGCAAGUCCACGUGGCAGAGACUUGGUUUCAGAGACGGAGAAGAUGGUAAGCUCGCCAUGUAAAGAAAACUUCAAGAAGAGGAAAGCUGAUAAGGCUCAGAAUUCCAAGGUUGUUGCAGAGAGUGAUAACAAGGACAAGGGAAUCAAAGUAAGUGCUGACGAAGGGGAAUCCAAAAUCACGGAACAAACAAGCAACAAGAAUACCAAGUGUAACACAAAUAGAAACAACAGAGAAACUUCUGCAGAUACUUCAAAGGAAAAUUCAAAAGGGUCUGAGGUUCAAAAUCAAAAGCUUGAAUACAUUCAUGUCCGAGCACGUCGUGGUCAAGCCACUGAUAGUCAUAGCUUAGCCGAAAGAGUUAGAAGGGAAAAAAUUAGUGAGAGAAUGAAGUAUUUGCAAGAUUUAGUACCUGGUUGCAACAAAGUUGCAGGAAAAGCUGGAAUGCUUGAUGAAAUCAUUAACUAUGUUCAGUCUCUUCAACGACAAGUUGAGUUCUUGUCAAUGAAAUUAGCUGCUGUAAACCCAAGACUUGACAUCAACAUUGAUGAACUGUUUGCCAAAGAGGUUUUUCCUGCUUGUGCUCAAAGUUUUCCAUCCAUAGGGAUGCAAUCAGACAUGACUACUAACCCAUCUUAUCUCCAGUUUAAUUCAGCACAACAACUUGUUUCAUGUUGUGGUGGAUUAAUAAAUAAUAUGGGGACAAGCACUCCGGAUAUGGGGUUUCGAAGAAACAUUAAUGUUCCUGUAUCUUUGCCCGAAACAUUUCUUGACUCAUCCUGUUUCAAUCAAAUUUUACCCUCCUCAACUUGGGAAGGUGAUUUCCAAAACCUUUACAAUGUGACUUUUGAUCAAGGGCCAACAACAUCUUUUCCUUCUCAGCCAUUUACAGGUCUAGUUGAAGCUAGAAAUCUAAAGAUGGAGAUGUAGAUCUUUUAUUUUCAUUUGUUGGAUGGGGCUCACUCCGAAUGUCUCUUAUCAAAGAUUCUUUUUCUUUUCAAGUACAUAACAUAUUUGGUUGUAUACUGCUCCGGAGUAUAAAUAAGAUCAUAUUAA